GCAGACUAGCAGUAAGCCAGGAACCCUUCAGCUUCGGGGUGGCACAGAAACAACUCUAUUUCCCUCUCGUCCACAACAAAUUUUCUCUCAAGUCACUGUCAAUCUACUUCUCCCAACCUCCACUUUCACUUCAUUCAAUUGGCAACUGGUAAGCCUAUUUUCCUUCAUAUAUAUCCUUUCACUCACCUCACAUCAAACUUGCAUAGUACUGAUCCACUGAUAUUGUCGAAACCCAUCUCAAUUUCACUCAAUUCUCAUGUGGGUUUGCUUCAGAUAACAAUUCACAGUAAUUUCAAGGGGGUUUACUCUAUAUUUGUCGUUCAAUGGCUUCUUCAAUGAUUAAUGGUGCUGAAAAUCUCAAACUUACCUGUGGCAAAGCUCCAAUUGGGUUAGUUUUUCUAGGUUCUAAUUUCCAUAGAGGGUGCCUUCCCAAUAAGGGUAUUGUCUCUUUUGGUAGGAUUUCAUAUGUGAAAACUUUAGCACCCAGAUGCAGUUUGACUGCCUCAAGGCCUGCUUCUCAGCCUAGGUUUAUACAACACAAGAAAGAGGCAUUUUGGUUCUAUAGGUUCUUAUCCAUAGUGUAUGAUCAUGUCAUAAACCCUGGGCAUUGGACUGAGGAUAUGCGCGACGAGGCGCUCGAGCCUGCGGAUCUCUAUGACCGGAAGAUGAGAGUGGUUGAUGUGGGUGGGGGAACUGGGUUCACUACUCUUGGGAUAGUGAAGCAUGUUGAUGCAAAAAACGUGACGAUUCUUGACCAGUCGCCGCACCAGCUUGCCAAAGCAAAGCGGAAGGAGCCUUUGAAAGAAUGCAAGAUAAUUGAGGGUGAUGCAGAGGAUCUACCAUUCCCGACUGAUUAUGCUGAUAGAUAUAUCUCUGCUGGAAGCAUUGAGUACUGGCCAGAUCCACAGCGUGGCAUCAAGGAAGCAUACAGGGUACUGAAAAUAGGUGGAAAAGCCUGUGUAAUUGGUCCGGUGUACCCGACUUUUUGGUUGUCUCGUUUUUUUGCUGAUAUGUGGAUGCUUUUCCCAAAGGAGGAAGAGUAUAUAGCGUGGUUUCAGAAGGCAGGUUUCAAAGAUGUUCAACUGAAAAGGAUCGGUCCCAAAUGGUACCGUGGUGUUCGCCGGCACGGCCUUAUUAUGGGCUGCUCUGUGACAGGUGUGAAGCCUUUAACGGGGGACUCUCCCCUUCAGCUUGGUCCAAAGGCAGAAGAUGUGGAAAAGCCUGUAAAUCCGUUCAUGUUCUUCUUGCGCUUCAUUCUUGGUGCAAUUGCCGCAACUUACUUUGUUAUUGUGCCAAUUUACAUGUGGCUCAAGGAUCGAAUUGUUCCAAACGGUAUGCCUAUCUGAAAAAAAAAAAAAAAAGAAAGCUGAAGGAGACCUCUUAUUUCAUCUCCGUGAGGUAAGCCAGCAUCGACAUUUCUCACGUGAUACCCUCUAAAUCGUUGGCAAUUUAGAAACCUGUAAAAUAUGCCAGUAAGAUGAUUGUAUUUUCUCAACUUGUAUAACUAUAGUCUGAGGCAAAAAGUUGGAAUGCUAUAUUGUGCAUGUAAGUAGUCAGGGAUCGAUAAUCGGCAUUUUCUAGAUAUAACAAUUUGUCCACUUUAAAAAAAAAAAAAAGAUAUUACAAUUUGUCGAAUAGUUUUAUGA